GUCCCGGAAUCCUACCUUGCCUGGCCUACAGCAUGUUCGCCAUUGCUUUCCUUUCCGUUUGCACAACGGUGCUCUGGGCGGCUUUUCUUUGGACAUCGAGGCGGCUCACAAGACCGUUCGCAUCAGGGAGAAGGACCGUGGUUUGCUUGGCGUACAGCAUGAUGGUACUUUGCGCUACCUCUUCUACCGCGUUUGUCCUUUCGGGGCUGUCUUUAGUGCUCACUGGUUUCAACGCGUGAAUGCUUUCCUCAUACGCAUGCUGCAUCCUUUCCUUUACGUUCGCCAUGCUUUGUACAUGUAUAGUGACGACCUCUUAGGCAUCACCGAGCAGUCGGUCUUGGACAUUACUUUCGCGCUCGUCCUGGCCUUUUGUGUUUGCUUUGGUUAUCCUGUUUCAUGGAAGAAGCUGCAGAUGGGAAGCCAGAUCAUUUGGAUUGGCUGGAGCUUUGCUUUUGGGGCUGGGUGUGUGGAAGUGCCCUCCGAUAAGACAGCCAAGCUCCUGGUCGGGCUUCGCGACUUGCUUAAACAGGAACGAGUGGACAAACGAGAGCUUCAUCGGGUCAUCGGCCUUAUUCAGUGGAUUCUACAGUUGUUUCCUUUGCUUAAGCCUUGGAUGAAUACGCUUUACUUCGACUUGCACUCCCCUUUGGGGACCAACUACAGCAUGGAUCCAGGGGGUCAUCUGGACGACGCUCUGGUCUCUUCGGGUACAGCCAUACCUUUGGGUUCCAAGCUCCUUUCAGUGCGUCAUGUUGACAUCAAACGUAAAUGUGUCCUCGCACAGGCCAACUUCAAGGAACUUCAAGGAAGAGGGGAUGAGUUCAUAGAAGAGGAAGAAAAGGCAAGAGAAGAGUACGCGAAGUACUUUGACGAGCAGGAAAAGCUAAAGGAAGAACUCAGGCAGGACCGUGACCGUCUUCUUGAAAAGGAACUGAGGAUGGAAGGCCACCGUGGACCAAGGACUUCUACGUCACCUACAAGGAAAGAAGAAGGAGAAGAGGACCUCAGCGAGUACAACGACCGCGGCUACUUCGAGAAGCUCCAGGAAGAAGAGGAAGCCCAGGAAGCAAUGGAGGAGAACGAGAACGAGUACUACACGCAGUCCUACGAGAUCUCAGAGGAAGAAGCAGGAGAAGCAUGGACAGAGGAAUCAGAGGAAGGAGAAGCAACAGGACCAGAGGAGCCAAAGGAGGAAGAAGAAGAAGGAAAGCCAAAGAGGAAGGAGACACAGGAAGAGUACGACGAGGAAAGGAAAAGACUCUUGGCAAAGGCAAGGGCAGACAUUGCCCAGAAGGAAGCAAAGAGAAAGGAACAGGAAAAAGGUUUCAAGCCACCUGUGGACAAGAGCCAGGAAUACAAGUACUACAGCGAAGGAGGCCACAUCUACAGGCAAAGCCACAAAACAGGAGAGAAGAUUUGGUGGAACUACGACUACAAGUACAAGCACCAGAAAGGAAAAGGCAAGGAAGCUUACGAGAAGGCAGGAAAAGGAAGCCGACCACACCAGCCCUUCCAGCCACGAGACGAAGAGGACAAAGCGUACUGGGCAAACAUGGACGAGGAAGUGAAGAG